AAUCUUAUCUCAUCUCUCCCGCAUCUCUUUUGCCAUGUCGUCGUCCAUCCAAUAUCACAACGACCUCCUGGCUCCCUAUCUCGCCCUUCCCCAAGGAGAAAAGAUCCAGGCCGAAUACGUCUGGAUCGACGGCGACGGUGGUCUCCGCUCCAAGACUACUACUGUCAGCAAAAAGGUCACCGACAUUGGUACCCUCCGCAUCUGGGACUUCGAUGGUUCAUCAACCAAUCAAGCCCCCGGCCACGACUCCGACGUUUACCUCCGCCCCGCUGCCAUCUUCAAAGACCCCUUCCGUGGCGGCGACAAUAUCCUAGUCCUUGCCGAGACCUACAACAACGACGGUACCCCCAACCGCACCAAUUUCCGCCACCAUGCCAACAAGUCUAUGGAGCUUGCCAAAGACACUGCUCCCUGGUUCGGUAUUGAACAGGAGUACACUCUCUUCGACGCAGACGGCACUCCCUACGGUUGGCCUAAGGGUGGCUUCCCCGGCCCACAAGGCCCGUACUACUGUGGUGCAGGUACCGGCAAGGUUUUCGCCCGUGAUGUGAUCGAGGCCCACUACCGUGCCUGCCUCUAUGCUGGUGUAAACAUCAGCGGUAUCAACGCCGAGGUCAUGCCUUCCCAAUGGGAAUUCCAGGUUGGCCCUUGCGAGGGUAUAUCGAUGGGUGACCACCUCUGGAUGGCUCGUUACCUCCUCGUUCGCAUUGCCGAACAGUGGGGUAUCAAGGUAUCCUUCCACCCCAAACCACUCCAAGGCGACUGGAAUGGUGCUGGUGCGCAUACCAACUACAGCACGAAGGCGAUGCGAGAACCCGGAGGCAUGAAGCACAUCGAAGCUGCGAUCGAGAAGCUGUCAAAGAAGCACGAUCAGCACAUUGCCGUCUACGGAGAAGACAACGAUCUGCGUCUGACAGGUCGCCACGAGACUGGGCACAUUGGGCAGUUCAGCUCUGGUGUUGCCAACCGUGGUGCAUCCAUUCGUAUUCCUCGGCAUGUCGCUAACCAGGGGUAUGGCUACCUCGAGGAUCGCCGCCCAGCGUCUAACAUCGACCCUUACCGUGUCACCGGCAUCAUCGUAGAGACUACUCUCCUUGACGUUUAGAUUUACCAUACCAUCGGACUUCCUAAUCUACAUACCUACGCAUAUCCUGGGGACGUCUGUACGAUUUAAGCACACCAUUGUGGUGCAUUUACGCCGUCCACGGCGUCAAAACAGUAUUGAGGUUAUCACCUUCCAUUCACAG